AUGUCAACCUCUCCUAAAUCGCCCGGCCCCGAGCCCGAGGCGAUCGAGUCAUCGUCUGCAGCCCCGCCUCACGAUGGCAAUAGUCCCGACGCCAGCUACAAGGGCAAGGCGGACGUGCUGAACCGUGCGAUCCAGGGCAUCGGCAUGGGCCGCUAUCAGUGGCAGCUAUUCGUGGUGAUCGGAUUUGGCUGGGCGAGCGACAACCUGUGGCCCAUCGUCACGUCGCUGGUCCUGCCGCCACUAUCCUAUGAAUUCCAUCCCUCGCGAGCACCGCUGUUAACGCUCGCCCAAAACAUCGGGCUACUGGUCGGUGCUGUUUUCUGGGGAUUCGGCUGUGAUGUUUUCGGUCGCAAGUGGGCCUUUAACUUGACCAUCGGCCUCACCGCGGUUUUUGGCCUGAUCGCCGCGGGGUCGCCCAACUUUGCUGCGGCGUGCGUCUUUGCAGCGUUGUGGUCGGUUGGUGUUGGGGGCAAUUUGCCUGUUGACUCGGCGAUUUUCCUUGAGUUUCUGCCGGGCUCGCAUCAGUAUCUUCUGACGAUUCUGUCGAUUGACUGGGCAUUUGCUCAGGUGCUGGCCAACUUGGUGGCUUGGCCCUUGCUGGGUGAUAUAACCUGCGGCUCCGAGGAUGGAUGCACCAAGUCGGGGAAUAUGGGGUGGCGGUACUUUCUCAUCACGAUGGGCGGGCUCGCCAUGCUCAUGUUUAUCGUUCGCUUCGUGUUCUUCACAAUUUAUGAGUCGCCCAAGUACUUGAUGGGCAAGGGACGGAAUGCACACGCCGUCGAGGUAGUGCAUGAGGUCGCGCGGAGGAACGGAAAGACUUCAUCGUUGACCCAGGAUGAGCUUGAUGACUGGGACCAUGGCGAGUCGCAGGGACUGACCGCGUCGAACAUAGUCCGCCAGCGCCUGGAGAAGGUCCGCAUGCAGCACAUCCGCGCUCUCUUCGACACCCCGAAGCGGGCAUGGUCCACGACGCUCAUCAUUUUCAUCUGGGCAUUCAUUGGCCUUGGGUUUCCACUAUACAAUGCAUUUUUGCCCUAUAUCCAGCAGUCGCGCGGUGCGGAGUUCGGCGAUGGCUCAACAUACAUUACGUACCGAAACUCCCUGAUUAUCGCUGUGAUGGGGAUCCCCGGGUGUCUCCUCGGUGGAGUGCUAGUUGAGCUACCUCGAUUCGGACGGAAGGGUGCUUUAUCCAGCGCGACCGCAUUAACUGGCGCAUUUCUGCUGGCCUCGACGACGGCAACAACCUCCAACGCCCUGCUGGGGUGGAACUGCGCCUUCGGCUUCAUGAGCAGCCUCAUGUACGCGGUACUGUACGCCUAUACACCCGAGAUUUUCUUAACCAAGGACCGUGGCACGGGCAAUGCAUUGACGGCCUCGGCGAAUCGGGUCUUUGGCAUUAUGGCUCCCAUCAUUGCCAUGUUCGCCAACCUUGAAACUGCUGCCCCGGUAUAUGUCAGCGGCGCGUUGUUUAUCGUGGCUGGACUGUUGGUACUGCUGAUGCCAUUCGAAUCUCGUGGUAAAGCGAGUCUGUAA